AUGACAUCGAUAGACGAGCAAGCCGUGUUCGCCAAACUAGAAGCCCUCAAAGAGAUAAGAGCAAAAACAAUUCAGUUGGAGAAGCUCAAAGCCCGAUUAAUUUAUGAAGUAGAAGCUCAAGAUCAAGAAGAAAAAUGCUUGUCAGAGUACAAGCAAGAAAUGGAUUUGCUUCUGCAAGAGAAAAUGUCUCAUGUGGAAGAACUGCGACAAAUUCAUGCAGACAUCAAUGCAAUGGAAGGUGUCAUAAAACAGGCAGAUGAAAGCAGAACCAGGUCUAUGUCUUCUGCAGUUCGCCUCCAUGAAGAAUAUGUGCCCCUCAAAAGUGAGAUUGACAGGCUCAGGAGGGAAUGCUUGGGAUUAGAAAGACUUCCUGAGCUGCAUGAAGAAGAUGGAACCAGUAUCACUCCUGAGAAAUUCACACAGCUGUAUAACUCGACGAAAAACCAGCCGUCGGCAUUCGCGAAGACCGCCGAUUGGAACCGCCCCAUCAUCUCCAAUGACAACUCGAUGAACUCGCUGGCGCCGCCCUUGCCGCCCACAUUUCUGCCGCCCCCCAAUCCGCUGCGGCUGGUGACCAACAAGCCGGACGGCGGCAGACCGACCGGCAUGUCUCAGUCCCCCCAUGGGCCUCCCACGCCAACAUUCAGGCAACAACCUCCACCAAUGAAGUCUUGCCUCAGUUGCCAUCAGCAGAUACAUCGUAAUGCGCCGAUUUGCCCACUGUGCAAGGCCAAAUCCAGAUCUCGGAACCCAAAGAAACCAAAAAAGAAGGAACAUUGA